CCAUAAACUCCAGCCUCUUCCUCCCUCCAUCUGGCAGAAAGAGAGAGAGAGAAAAAAAAGAGAGAGACGGGUGUGUGUGUGUGUGUUUCCACAGGGUCUCGAAUCAGCAGCAUCUCUCUCUCAGUCAGAGUCUGUCGUCACGGCGACAGGAGGUGUCUGUUCCACAGCAGCAUCACCGGAGAGCUGGAAUCGGAAGCUGGUGGUCGCCGCAGCAACAAGAGCAUCCUCAGGAUUCCAAGGCUGCCGAUCGGGAAUGAAAGAGUAGUGGGAGCGAUGUCUGAUUGUCCUGCUUCCGCCGCCGCUUCACUUUCUCUCUGAAGGACAGCUCUGAAUGAACCCUCCUUCUGACUGUGGGCGAGUGUGACUGCGUGGACAGAGAAAAGGGAAGACAUUAAAGAGUGUGUGUGUGUGUGGUGAUUGGGAGGAAGACGGUGUGCGUGUGUGUGACUGACGCGGCAACAAAACGAGGCAGGAUGAUCUAAAGCCGAGAACUGAAUUCCCAUUGAUUCCCCGGGAGGAAAGGAAAGGCAAACCUGCACGCACUUUUCAGAGAGUGUGUGAGAGACCGCUGUGUGUGAAGUGUGUGUUUCCAGCGGCCGUUGGAUUUUUGGUGAACGAUUGACAAUUGGGGCUAGUUUUAGUCUCGUCCUGGAGAUUUAGGAACGUGGAGCUCAUCGGAUGACUUUUGGAGAACUCAAUCUCAUCCUGGGUUCUGCAGAGCGUCACAGGGAUGUAGAUUGAGAUCCCUCACUAAUGAAAUGGGUGUGAAAUGUGUCUCUGACCUGAUGGAGAGGAUACGGCGUUCUGUCUGACACCCCGCGGGGGGUUACGUGUGAAACGUUCAUCACAACACUUAUCAAAGAGUUCAAGGACGAGUGGAAUAUGUGACCUUUUCUUCUCCGCUUUUUUUGGAAUCCAAAGGACUAAAUAUAUCGUAUUUUAUUUUUAAAGCAACACUAAUCAGUCAUCCUAUGACUCCAAGGCAGCUUCGGGGAGUUUCCUUCUUUCCUCCAUGCAUUGGAUUUUUAUGAAAGCCCAUUCUCACAUCAUGAGGAUCAUCUUCUGACACUCAUCAUGCCUUCGCACGACCGAGGAGUUCUCCAUCAGAGACGGCAGUGUUAAUCAAUGCAAACGCAUCUCUAAAGCCCCCCGACAAACAUGCAUCAGUGAAACUCGCCCAUUUCAGUGGAGUUUGGUGUGUAUUUGGAUCUAAUGACUCCAGCAUCUUCCGUUCCCUCUGCGUCUGGAGCUCCGAAAUGCCCCCAAAUACACAGCAAGAAGAGGCUUGACCCCAGACCCAGGCGUGUUUUAAGAUGUUGAAGCCUUCCCGCGCGGCCCGAGCCCCAGAUCGGAUCAGUAGCACUGCGGCUCCCGGAGGCCCCAGACAUGGAUGGUGGCUCGGCCCGGCCCUGCCCUCAGCGCUCCGCACCCCGGCCCGUGAGCAGCUUUUGAAGGAUGUCCCAGAGCCGAGCUCCAGCCCGGGAACCCUCUGAGACCCCCAGUCAGAGAGAGCAGAUCCGCAGCCACAUGAAGAUGGUGAUCCAGCAGCUGGAAGGAAUCCUCAAAGAGCUGAAAGAUGUGGCACAUGAACUGCGGGAGGUGGUGGGUCAGAUCGACAAACUCACAUCAGACCUGGAGCUGGAUCUGGAUGCGGACGAUUGGACGGUGGCGACAGCGAGCAGCACGUCCAGCAGCGAGCGCGGCCUGUGCGAGGCCUUCAGAUUGGACUUUCUGGGCCAGGACUCGCUCUCUGACAGCUGGGACUUCUGCAGCUUUCUGGAGUCAUCGAGCCGGAGAUCAGCGCGGGACGACACCAAACCUCCGCCCACCACCGCCAGCGUGUACUCGCAGAUGAACGGCGGGCUGCCCGUCCCCAACGGACCCCUGAUCAUCACACCCGACUCGUCCAGUGAGGAGGCCUCCAGCUCCACACACAGCCAGAGCCAGAAAACCUCCCGCACGGCCGGAACUCGAGAGCGCGUUCGCUUCAGCGACAAAAUCCUGUACCACGCGCUGUGCUGCGACGACGAUGAAGACGAGGAUGAAGAUGAAGACGGCCGAGACGAAGAGGAGGAUAAACUGGACACCGACAGCGAGCGCAGUCCUCUUGCCGGAUCGCCCGUCCCGCCGUUGCCCGAACUCUACAACUGCCGGGAACCACCGGCCGGCGGAUCCCACACGAUACCCAGAAAAGAUGCUCUCAACCCGGGCUGCCGGAAAAAACUCCUGCGCAACAGCAGCACACAGACGGUUUCAGACAAGAGCACGCAGACGCUCCUGCCAUACGUUCCCGCAAAACACAGAAACAAGGACCUCUGAGAGAACAGGCCACAUAUACCACCCCAGAACGCUUACCCAGAACUAUAUACUAUUUAAUAUUAAAUACAUAGAUAAUAGAGUCAAAAAAACAAUACAUGAAUUAAUAAAUAAAUUAUAUAUGGGCAAA